CGCAACUUGAUCAGACCAACCUGUCUCUCAGGAAAUGUCGCUCUGGAGUCGGUUUACCGAUCCUAUACCAUGGCAGGUCGUCUUGAGGUCUGACGCUUUUCAGUCUCUCGAGCGGGAACUCAUAAGCCAUGGCAACUCGAAUGCACUGUGGUACAGCACACUCAUGAUUCCAGCAUAUUUUGCCACUGCAUCCGCCUUUCUUCUCUUGCUACAUCUAAUAAUGCUAUCUAAGCCGGUCAAAAAGCUUUGGUCGUAUUUCCUGCCUCAUAAGACCGAGGAAGAGCCCACCGUUUUUUUCGAUGAACCCAUUACAGCCGAUGGAUUUUUCUCUGAGGCUCGAGCAUUUAUAUCUCAACAUGGUGGUUGGGUCAUUUUUGCAUACAAGUUUGCAAGAUUUAUCGGUUGUCUUACGUUUCUGGGACUGUCAUUGGCUACUUUCAUAUUGGACGAACGUGGAGAGCACGUAACCGGAGCCACCAAACUGUCCAAAGGAAAGCAUCGCAGGCCCCGUCCCUCCGAUGGGUACAUUCCGUUCUCUCCCGCUGAGUGGUUGCAAUUCGCCAUGUGCAUGACUGCUGCUUAUGCAUCUAUUCUCGGGCUCGUUUCGGUUACAACGAAACCCCGAUGGAGCAGGCUGGUGUCCAAUCACCUGGCUACUCUUCUCUUUGCAGUCUUUGCGGUAUUUACGUACCGGGAUCUGUGGCCCCUCGUUACAUUCCAUAAACAACCCAAGGAUAUUAAAGAAGGGGGUUUAUUGUGGGCGAAAGUGACUAUUCUUUUUUUGUCGAGCAUCGUAUUCCCUCUCGUGAGCCCGAGACAAUAUGUUCCAGUCGAUCCUGCGAACCCUGCUGACAGUCCUCACCCCGAGCAAACUUCUUCUUGGUUGUCUAUGGUUUUAUAUAUCUGGCUGGACCCCAUCGUCUUCAAGGCAUAUCGAGUUCCCCACCUGUCGCACGAAGAACUUCCCCCGCUGGCCGACCAUGACUAUUCCAGGAACCUCAAAAAGAAGAGUUUCCCCCAUCUUGACCCCUUCUUUGGGAGCCGGAGGGGACAUAUCUUCUUCGGCCUCAUGAAGACUUUCUGUGUCGAGUAUAUAGUUUUGUCUAUCAUGAUUGUUUUCCAGGCGCUGGCAAGACUCGCCGCUCCUGUUGGAAUCAAUCAACUUUUGCUUUAUGUGGAAACAAAAGGCGAGCAUGCUGUAGUCCGUCCAUGGGUCUGGAUAUCCUGGCUGUUCUUAGGACCACUUGUGGGUGCCUUGGCAUGGCAAUGGUAUAUUUUCAUCGCGACACGCGUACUCGUGCAGACGGAGGGUAUUAUCACACAACUGGUCUUCGAGCAUGCGCUCCGAAUCCGAAUGAAAGCUGAGCUCCCCGAUGACGGCAAGAAGUCUGGGGAAUCCACGCCAUCAUCUACGCCAGAUAGUGCAUCUGUAGCUGGAUCUAGCACUGCUGCCGCAGACGAAAGUACGGAUGGCAGUGGCGACGAGACACUGCAGGCCAGUACCGAGACCGCAUCAACAUCUUCCACGAAAAAAGACAAACGAAAGUCCCAGGAUGUCAAAGAAGAAAUGGACAAUUCGCCGAAACAGCAUUCGAGUGCUGACAACCUUGUUGGGAAGAUUAAUAAUCUUGUCACAACUGACUUGAGUAAUCUUACCGAUGGACGAGAUUUCAUCAUGAUCGUGUUGUACAUGCCACUUCAAGUAGGCAUGUGUAUCUGGUUCUUGUACGAAAUUCUUGGCUGGAGUGCCUUUGCCGGCUUGAUUGUUAUGUUCGCCUUGUUCCCUCUCCCUGGGUACGUUGCCCAGAGGAUUCAAAAGGUGCAAGCAGAGAAAAUGCGCAAGACGGAUGCCCGGGUGCAAACCGUGACCGAAACCAUGAAUGUUCUACGUAUGAUCAAGCUCUUCGGAUGGGAAGAGAAAUUGGACUCGAGGAUCAGCGAUAAAAGAGAAGUAGAACUUGUCUGGACAUGGAAGACGAAGAUCUUAGAACUGGUAAACAACAACUUGAACUACUUAAUUCCUCUGUCUACUAUGAUGGCUUCUUACCUGACAUUCACUCUGAUUAUGGGACAAACCCUAACUGGUCAGUUUUUUGACAUCCUGAGAGACCAGUUGAACAUGGUGUUCUUCUCCAUUCCAAGAUUUACUCAAGCCAAAGUAUCACUGGACCGUGUCAACAGUUUCUUGAGUGAUACAGAACUACUGGAUGCCCAUGCACAACAGGACGAUGAUAGAGUCCAGCUCUUUGUCCAGUCAGAAGGAGAAUCUGACCUCAUCGGCUUUAGAGACGCUGUCUUUGCAUGGUCUACUGACUCCCGUGGGUCGUUGACACCAUCGAAGCGCAAGUUCAGGCUUCGUAUCGAUGGUGAGAUGUACUUCCAACGCGGUUGUUUCAACCUUGUCGUCGGACCGACAGGUUCUGGGAAGACAUCACUGCUUAUGGCUUUGCUCGGCGAAAUGCACUUCACACCCUCUGGUCCAACAUCUUGGUUCAACCUCCCUCGCAAGGGUGGUGUAGCCUAUGCUGCGCAAGAGUCCUGGGUCCAAAAUGAAACCAUUCGGGCCAACAUUCUUUUUGGCGCACCCUAUGACGAGAUUCGAUACAAGAAAGUCUUGUACCAGUGUGCUCUGGAGCGUGACCUAACUUUGUUCGAAGCGGGCGACCAAACGGAAGUUGGAGAAAAGGGUCUUACGCUAAGAGCUAUCUAUUCUUCGGCGAACACGCUGUUGCUUGAUGAUGUUUUGGCCGCUCUGGAUGUCCAUACAUCCAAGUGGAUUGUAGAUAAGUGUUUCGCAGGAGAUCUCGUCCAAGAUCGAACAAUUAUCCUUGUGACACAUAAUGUCGUUAUGGCGAGUUCUAUAGCGCACUUCGUCGUGUCUAUGGGUUCCAACGGACGGAUUGUCAGCCAUGGAUCGGUAUCGGAGGCCAUUGCAAAGGACGACAAGCUUGCAGCGGAAAUGGUUAAAGAACAGGAAGUCCUCGCUAAAGAUGCCCAGGUUCUAGACACUCUAGAAGAACCGAAGGCCAAGUCCGAUGGCAAGUUGGUGAUGUCUGAGGAGAUUGCAGAGGGCCAUGUCUCCUGGCCAGCUUUCAAGCUCUACUUGACCGGCUUGGGGGGGAACUAUCCUAUAACGUUCUGGGUCGUGUUCUUGGCUCUGAUGGGGUUGACGGACUUCGUCAACACUGUGCAAACCUGGUUCCUUGGGUACUGGGCAUCUCAAUAUGAACAUCAUCUACCCUCAGAGGUCGAUGUCAAAUUCUAUCUCUCUGUAUAUGCCUUACUCAUGCUCUCUGGCUGUCUCAUGUAUUCGGUUGGGUAUUACCUGUACUAUCGAGGUUCAAUGCGGGCGUCACGAACCAUUCACAAGAAACUCGUCCAAUCUGUACUUGGAACAACGCUAAGAUGGUUAGACACGACACCUACAUCUCGAGUCAUCACCCGGUGCACACAGGACAUAAGAGCCAUUGAUGGUCCGUUUGCGCAGGGAAUUGGUUGGGUCGUCGAACUUUCUUUGACUAUGGUCGUGAAACUCGGAGCCGUUGUGGUCAUGACUCCUGUCUUCUUGCUGCCCGGUCUCUUCAUCGGCUUGCUAGGUGGAUGGAUCGGCCGUAUCUACAUGAAAGCUCAGCUAUCGGUCAAGCGAGAAAUGAGUAAUGCGAAAGCACCGGUCCUUGGUCACUUCGGGGCUGCUAUUGCAGGACUUGUGUCGAUCCGCGCGUAUGGUGCAGAGGAGGCAUUUAAAGAUGAAUCUCUUGAUCGCAUUGACCGCUACACUAAAUCAGCGCGCAUGUUCUAUAACUUAAAUCGUUGGGUUUGUAUCCGUAUUGAUGUCAUCGGCGGUGGAUUCUCUGCUGCUCUUGCCGCUUACCUAGUGUACGGUCGUGGAGUCCAUGAAGCGUCAAACAUUGGAUUCUCUCUAAACAUGGCAGUCGGUUUCAGUUCUAUGAUCCUUUGGUGGAUUCGUAUCCUCAACGAAGUGGAAGUUAACGGUGAGCUACUUUCUUGCAUAACUCCUGUUAGUCUGGAACGGAUCGAUAGUUAUAUCAAGAUCGAACAGGAACCUAAGCCUACCGAAGGCGGCCAGCCACCUGCGUACUGGCCUGCAAGCGGCGAUCUCCGCGUAGAAAAUCUGUCGGCCCGCUACUCAUCGGACGGACCUAAAGUUUUGCAGGACCUGUCUUUCCACAUCAAAUCAGGCGAACGCGUUGGUAUAGUGGGGCGAACUGGAAGCGGAAAGUUCCUUGACCCUUUCGCUCCUUCGCUGCAUUUUACAGAAGGCGAUGUUUAUUAUGACGGAAUUCCGACAAGUGGGAUCAAUUUGAAUGCCCUGCGGUCGAACGUGACCAUCAUACCUCAAAUCCCCGAGCUCCUGAGCGGAACGCUCCGUCAGAAUUUGGAUCUCUUCGAUCAGCACGAUGAUGCGGUGCUUUACGAUGCUUUACGCGCUGCCGGACUCUUUUCCGUCCAAGACGAGUUCGAGGAGGGGAGGUUAACAUUAGACAGUGUGAUCGCAAGCGGAGGAACGAAUCUAUCAGUUGGUCAACGCCAAAUCUUAGCUCUAGCUAGAGCUAUGGUCCGCGGAAGCAAAUUGCUUAUACUAGAUGAGGCAACCUCCGCUAUUGAUUAUAAGACCGAUUCUGCCAUCCAAUCUUCUCUUCGCAAUGAGCUGAAUAACGUGACCCAGAUUAUCGUUGCACAUAGGCUGCAGACGAUCAUUGAUGCUGACAAAAUUAUGGUACUCGAUGCCGGUAAACUUGUUGAAUUUGGCAGCCCAUGGGAGCUAUUGCGAAAUGAACACGGUAUGUUACGUGCUCUCGUGGACGAGUCUGGGGACAAAGAAGCACUAUACGCGGCGGCUCACGGCAAGCCACUGGAAGAAGUAGAGAGACCGUAGUCGGUCGAUCGUUUAUGAUCCAUUACACUUGCUAAAGUGGAAAUCACCAAAACCCCCGGCACCACUAUUAGUUAGUCUAGAAGGUCCUGAACAAAUUGUGUACAAGAUAAAUAUCAUGCCGUCUGUCAUUUGAUGCGUGCAAAACGCUUUCUGGUUGUCGAUGA